AUGUCCCGCCGCAAGAUCUCGUCAGAGUCCUUCAGCUCGCUGGGCUCGGACUGCCCGGAGACGAGCCCCGAGGAGGAGGGCGAGUGUCCCCUGUCCCGCCUCUGCUGGAACGGCAGCCGCAGCCCCCCCGGCCCCGCUGACAUCCCCUUCGCCGCCGCCGCCGCGGCCAGUGCCGGGGCGCGCCGCGCUCCGCGCCGCCGGCGGGUCAACCUGGACUCGCUGGGCGAGAGCAUCCGCCGGCUGACGGCCCCCGCGCCUCAGACCAUUCGGCAGACUCUUCAAAAGACACUGCAGUACUUUGAGCAUCAAGUUAUUGGUUACAGAGAUGCAGAGAAGAAUUUUCACAAUAUAUCAAACAGAUGCUCCUAUACAGACUGCUCUGGCAAUGAAGAAACUGAGGAUGUCUCAGGAAUUCUCCAGUGUACGGCUAAUGUGCUUGGUCUGAAGUUUGAGGAAAUGCAGGAAAAGUUUGGGGAGGAAUUCUUCAAUAUCUGCUUUGACGAGAAUGAAAGAGUUCUUCGAGCUGUAGGUGGGACCCUUCAAGACUUCUUCAAUGGCUUUGACGCUUUGCUGGAGCAUAUUAGAACUUCAUUUGGAAGACAGGCCACCCUGGAAUCUCCUUCUUUCCUAUGCAAAGAACUCCCUGAAGGCAAUCUCAUGCUUCAUUAUUUUCACCCGCAUCAGAUUGUGGGAUUUGCAAUGACAGGAAUGAUAAAAGCGGCAGCAAAGAAGAUUUACCGCUUGGAAGUGGAAGUAGAACAGGUCACAAAUGAUAAGUUGUGUUCAGAGGGGACAAACCCAGGUAACUGCAGUUGUUUGACUUUCCUUAUCAAAGAACAUGCAAAUGCAAAUACCACAAAAGCACUUCCACCAGGAACCUCCCAGUCCCCCUUAGACCUGAGGAUUAGUAUCAGCACCUUCUGCAGAGCUUUCCCCUUUCACCUGAUGUUUGAUCCAAACAUGCUGGUUCUCCAGCUUGGAGAAGGUCUUAGGAAGCAGCUGAGAUGUGACAAUCAUAAAACGCUGAAAUUCCAAGAGUGCUUUGACAUAGUCUCUCCUAAAAUCAGUGCCACAUUUGAACGAGUUCUCCUGAGGUUAUCUACACCCUUUGUCAUCCGGACCAAACUUGAGGAUUCUGAUUCUGAAAGUAAAGAUAAGGUGAUGGAAAUUAAAGGACAAAUGAUUCAUGUGCCAGAAUCAAACUCUAUAUUGUUUCUGGGUUCCCCCUGUGUGGACAAGCUGGAUGAGCUGAUGGGCCGAGGCCUCCAUCUUUCAGACAUACCAAUCCAUGAUGCUACUCGUGAUGUCAUACUGGUUGGGGAGCAAGCAAAGGCACAGGACGGCUUGAAAAAGCGAAUGGAUAAGCUCAAGGCAACACUAGAAUGUACACACCAAGCCCUGGAAGAGGAGAAAAAGAAGACAGUAGAUCUCCUUAUUUCUAUUUUCCCCGAAGAGGUGGCUCAGCAGUUGUGGCAGGGGCAGCAGGUUCAGGCCAGGAAGUUUGAUGAUGUGACCAUGCUCUUCUCGGACAUUGUUGGCUUCACUGCCAUCUGUGCCCAGUGCACGCCCAUGCAGGUCAUCAGCAUGCUCAAUGAGCUCUACACGCGCUUCGACCACCAGUGUGGAUUCCUUGACAUCUACAAGGUGGAAACAAUAGGUGAUGCGUACUGCGUUGCAGCAGGGCUCCAUAAGAAAAGCCUUAGUCAUGCCAAAGCCAUUGCCCUGAUGGCACUGAAGAUGAUGGAGCUUUCAGAAGAGGUUCUUACUCCAGAUGGAAGCCCGAUUAAGAUGAGGAUAGGCAUUCACUCAGGUUCAGUGCUGGCUGGCGUCGUCGGUGUGAGAAUGCCGCGCUAUUGCCUCUUUGGGAACAACGUCACCCUGGCGAGCAAGUUCGAGUCAGGGAGUCACCCACGCCGCAUCAACGUCAGUCCCACCACGUACCAGCUUUUGAAAAAGGAAGAAAAUUUUAUUUUUAUCCCUCGUUCCCGUGAAGAGCUUCCAGAAAACUUUCCAAAGGAAAUUCCUGGGAUCUGUUACUUCCUGGAGGUCAGAAGUGGUCAGAAGCCGCCAAAACCUUCCAUCCCAUCUGCCAGAGUGAGAAAGGUGUCUUACAACAUCGGCACCAUGUUCCUCCGGGAGACCAGCCUAUGAGGCCUGCUGCAGAUCAAAGACUUGUCAAAAAAGCACAAGCCCAGAACUGGGUCAUGACAGGGGAGUUGGAGGUUCUUUGUGUUUCGCUGCCUUCUUCUGAACAGGCAGUAAAAGCUCCAUGUAAUGUCAGGCAAUAAUCAUUUUAAAAGGUGGGUAACUGCUGUCGGGAAACAAAAUGGAGAUAGGGAAAAAUAUUAAACAAUGUACUUCCACUUCCAGAGGAAUUUCUUUCAUAAACUUCAGUCUGGCCCCUCUAUGGCAAACAAAACAACGAAACAAAACCCCAACUCUCAAAUUAGAGGUUGGUCUUGUUUUGUGCAGAAAGGAUGAUGGUUCUCUGUAGAUUUGCACCAGCUAAGCAGAAUUGAGAGUCAGUUCUGAUUAUGCAUUCCUAUAUUUAAUGUGUUCUUCAGUAAGGUAAUGAUGUUUUUUAACUUUAUGAACAAGCAUUUCAUACAUAUACUGUAGAGCUAUUGUAACCUUCCUGGCAGGAGGAAUUAUGACUCAAUACAAAUAUUGUAGGAAUUUUACCUAUUUUUAUACAUAUUUCACUUUCUGGAUAAUUACAUUCCACAUACUGUAAGCUGAGUGAGCUUAGAUAGCUUUUCAGAAGAAGUUACUGUAUAUUUCAUACAUUCUACCUAUCAAACCUUAUUGUUAUACAAGUGGGAAGAAGGCAUUUCUUGACUUUUUUGGCAACAAAAAAAAAGAAUCAAUAUUUACAGAAUAAAACCCCCACUUUGAUAGAUCACUUUAUCUGGUUUUUAUGCUAAAGCUUUAGAUGAGCACUGUCUUCUUAUAUAGAAUAAUGUUC